UAACCAUUUCGUAUCAUUAUCUUAAUAAUCAUUAUCUUAAAACCGUGUAGUGAUAUAACACCUUCAAGACAUGUCGGAUUCGGAGGAGGAAACUAAUCGCCUUUUAAACGCCGUACCACACAUGCCGUCUAAUUUUGAUAUGUCUUCACAAUCGACAUCAACCGAAACUGAUCUCAUUAUUGAUGAAAAAGAGGGAGAUAGAGGUGAGGACUCUGAUAACAAGUCAAUCAAUGAGGAGACGGUUGAAGAAAAGGAAGUGAAACACGAAAGUGAUUUGACGGGCAUUGCAUAUGAUGGCAACAAAAGAGGAACAACCAUCGAAGGCAUUACAGACCACAGCUUACCAACUGAUAUCGCGGUGGAUGAUAAUAGAGUGGUAAAACUGAAGAUAGUAGACAAUAAAACACCACAGGAAGUCAAUGUAAUGAAUGAAAGAGUGGAUAAUACAGAUAUUCCUCUUAAGUCAACGGCUAAUAAAGACGUUAACAUGAUUAGUUCACGUAUUACUUCAACGUCCACUUCAGUGUUAAUUAAAGACGUUGAUAAUCUUCAUGUGCCGUCAACGUCUUGCUUAUCGAUGGAGACAAAUAUUACUCCGCUCUCUAGUGUCGCGAAAAGCGGCACAAUCGAAGAAAAAUUGAAUGAAAUCAUUCGAAGACAGAAAGAAAUGAAUGAAGUCAGAAAUACCCGUCGGAUUGAUAAUGAAAGUGAGCUCAAGACCAGCAUAGCUUUAGUGGACACCGAUUAUUAUAGAAGAUGUAAAGAACUAACGAAGUAUACCAAAGAAAUUGAAGCACGUCUCAAGUUUACGGAGAAUAUCAACGCUGAUCUGCUGGAAGCCCUGAAUAAUAUUAUUAAUAAACACAAAGACUUUGCUGUAGUUAUUGAUGCCCUCACGUCGGCUGCAGACGUCAGAGACGCUACAAAUGAAGCUAUUAAGAAGAUGAGAGGAGAGGCCGCCAAAUUUUCUAAAUUCAGACACGAUAUGGUUCUCGACGAUUUUGUCACAGUACCGACGUACGAGGCGAAGUGGGUUAAUGUUGGCCCCAGUAAUUCUGCUGUGGUCCUGGCUGAGGCAAAAGCCAACCUCGAAAAAAUGACGGACAACAACAUUAUUGAAGAAGAAGAUGAAUUGAUUUCAGGAAAUAAUGAUACUCCGAAGACAACAACAAAAAUGGUUGAAAAGUUAAAUAAAAUGUCGAAGUCUCACGGCAACGUAUUACAUAAAAGUAUAACCAAACCUAGUACUUCGGCGUCCCACGGCAACGUAUCAAAGUCAAGUAUCGGCAAGUCCAGCACUUCAACGUCGCACGUAAACGACAAAAAAUCGAAUAGACUUAGUAUGUCAACGUCAAAAAUUCCGAAGAACACUGAUAUUGCGACCCAUAAGACAAGCCAUAAUACCAAAGAAGAAGGAAAACCUCACAAAAGUCAUCCAUAUCAAGGAAGGGACAUCACACUUCAUGUUUGCAUUGGCAAACUGAUGGAGGAUCCAAAACCCGGUGAAACAAAAGGGGAGGAAUUUGCCUGCCCCUUUUAUUACCUCUCGACCAGUUGUACUAUGAAAUCCCAUUAUGCAAGAUUUCAUAGAGAAGUACCGUAUGUCGGAAAGCCCACCAAUUAUAAAACAAUCCCCGCCGACAAAUUUAAAGCCAAAGCAUUGUACGAAAGAGAUGAAGAAAUGGUGGUAUGGCAAAAGAUUUACUCGAGAAGACUGAAAAGAGAUGCCAGAGAUGAAAAAGGAGAUAAAGAAGUCUCAGAGCUGGAAUCGAUUAGGAGAUCAAAAACCAAAAAACCUAAGUUGGAAUCGAAGAAUUUAAAGAUCAACGUCGGAUCGUCGGACGACGACGUAUAACUAUUGACAAAUCAACAAAGAGAUCACGGUAACAUUUUCUCAAUAAGUGAGACGUGUAAGUUGCACGUUGACGUGCCACGGUAAAUAAUCAAAUGAUCUAUUUUAUGCCUUAUAUAAUUAUUAAACUCAUAAUAAUCUUUGUUUAAGUAAUUUAGUAUUAUAAUAU